AUGUCUAAUCAAUUUGUGCGUUCUAUGAAGAACGUGGUGAAGGGUUACUCGUCGACGCAGGUGUUGGUGCGUAAUGCGACUGCAAAUGAGGGCACGGGCCCUAAUAUCGACCUCUUGGCAGACAUUGCUGAGAAGACUUACGAUUCUGCGGAUUUUUUCGAGAUCAUGGAUAUGUUAGACAAGAGAUUGAAUGAUAAAGGUAAGUACUGGAAGCAUAUUGCCAAGUCGUUGACAGUUUUGGACUAUUUGGUUAGGUUUGGUAGUGAGAAUUGUGUGUUGUGGUGUAAGGAGAAUUUGUAUCUGAUUAAAACAUUGACGGAGUUUAGGUACGAAGAUGAGAAUUCUGGUGGUGUAGAUCAAGGUCAGAUCAUUAGGGUCAAAGCUAAAGAGUUGACUGCGCUUUUGAUGGACGAUGAAAGGUUGAGAGAGGAGAGAAGGUUGAACAACAGACGUGAUCGUAAUAGAAACCGUCGUCCUCCUGCCCGUAAUGGAAGUGACGAGGAUUUGCAAAGAGCCUUGGAAGAGAGUAGGAGAACUGCAGAAGAAGACGAGAGGAAAAGAAGGUUGAACCAGGACGAUUCCGAUUUGCAAGCAGCUUUACAAUUGUCGAAAGAAGAAGAAGAAUUGAAAAGAUUACAAGAAUUACAAAGUAGCAUGCAUAUGCAGCAACAACAACCUGUUUACUAUGAUGUAUUCGGCAAUCCAAUCUCUUAUGAGGAAUAUCUCCAAUAUCAAAUGCAACAAGAUCAAUUACAAAAGCAACAACAAAACGAAUGGUUACUACAACAAAAGCAACAGGACUUGCUAGCGCAACAACAACAGCAAGAAAUGUUAUUGCAACAACAACAAUUUUUAUUAGCUCAACAGCAACAACAAGCCUCCUAUUUGGCUCAGCAGCAGGCAAUGAUGCAACAGCAACAGCAAAUGCCAAUGCAAACCGGUUCAAACAACCCAUUCGCAUUGAAUAAUCAACAAACAAACAAUAAUAAUGUACAAGCAGCUUCAGAAUUGCCAGAUUUCACCAAACCACAAGCUCAAUCUUAUCAACCUGCUAAACUACCAGAACAAAUAGAAAUUCAACAACCCGUGCAACAGCCUGUACAACAACCAUUGCAACAAAAUAGAACUGGUAACAAAGAAAUGACAAACAAAUAUAAUGAAUUAAACCAAUUAUUGGCCUCUGGUACAGGUAUAGAUACAUUCGGUAACACUGGUGAAACACGUAUACCUGCUCAACAUACGCAAACUGGAACAUUCAUCAAUUCUCAAGGUACUGGUUAUAGACAACAAUCGGGCGAAUCAAAAGUUAACCCAUUCUUAUCCAACCAAUACACUGGCUUGCCAAGUUCAAAUAUCAUACCAACUCAAACCGGUUAUGGGUUUGGUAAUCAACCACAGCAGCAGCAAUAUCAGCAGCAACAACAACAAAAUAAUAAUCAAGGCGUUAGUUUGAUUGACUUAUAA